AUGUCAAAACUGACCACAAUGAAUCUUGAAGAAAGGCUAACAACUAAUAAGAUACCUACUAAUCAACGGGUUGCCUUACAUGAAAUUUUGUCCGCAUCACAAGUCCUCAAUUUAAAAGGUCGCAGAUAUUCCGAAGAUUGGAUCCUUUUAUGUUUACUAUUUCAUAUGCGUUCACCAUGUGGCUAUAAUUUUGUUAGAAAUAAUGACAUUAUGCCAUUACCUUGUGUAAGGACCAUAAGAAGGUACCUAUCAUCUAUCGAUACACAAUGUGGGUUUGAUCCAAAAUUUCUACAGAUGUUUUCUCUUUAUAUGGCACAAAAAGAAGAAUUUCAACGCCAUGGUUUGCUCGUGUUUGAUGAAAUUUCCACUCGCGAGAGUAUUGCAGUUAACUCGGCAAAUCUUACAUAUACAGGUCUAGUCGAUUUUGGUGAAGAAGGUGAGAAAGGAAAAACUUUCAGUGAUAAAGCAAAUCAUGGAUUAGUAUUUAUGUUCAUACCAUUAGAAGAUAAUUAUGCCCAACCCGUUGGUGUUUUUGCAUCAAAGGGACCGACUAAAGGUGUAGUACUAACUCAGUUAGUAAUAAAAGCUAUCACAGUACUCGAAAAAGCAGGAGCGUUUAUCCAUGGAAUUGUAUGUGACGGGUCAGCCCCAAAUCGAAAAUUUUGGAGCGAAAUGGGAAUAUGUGGAAAAAUUAAUAAAGUUAAAAAUUGGUUUGAGCACCCAACAGAUGAAAAACGGAAAAUAUUUGUGUUCUCUGAUACGCCACAUUUAUUUAAGAAUAUCAGAAAUAGGCUCUAUAAUAAUAAAGAGCUCAAGAUUCAUGAAAAUGAACUACCAGUAAAAUGGGAUCAUUUUGUAAAUGUUUACAAUUUGGAUAAACUGAAUCCUGGGAAUUUAAAAGUUUGUCCUAAAUUAUCUGCAUCUCAUAUAGUUUUGAACAGUUCUGCAAAAAUGCGUGUUCGUCUUGCUGUGCAGAUUCUUAGUAACUCAAUGGCAAAGAGCCUUGAGUUUUAUCGCUCUUAUAGUCCUCAGUUAAGCGAUUCUACAGCAACUGAGAAUUUUUGCUUGAAAAUGAAUGCAGCGUUUGAUGCAUUAAAUCGAAAGCUAAAGAAUGAAGGAGUGUCGCCAAAUAGUGAUGAUUAUAAAAUUUUACAAAAUACUCUGGAGUGGUUGAAUGAAUGGGAACAGCGUGUUAUUGAUAACAAAAUAAAGCCAAAACACUUUCUUACCAAUAAUACUUCAGAAGGUCUAAGGGUAACUUUGACUUCCACUUUAGAAAUUUGCACUUACUUAAAAGAAAAAUAUGGUAUACAAUACAUUCUUACUGGAAAAAUUAAUCAAGAUGAUGUGGAAGUAAGAAAAAUAUAA